CUCUCCCGGACUGCAGCUCCACCGUCCGGUCCUAGGCUUUCUCCGGGGUCCUCCCCGGCCCCUGAGCGGACACAGGGACUCGAGGCCGGGCAUGCGGGGCGCCAUGAAGGGCCGCUGCCCGACGGACACAACGGCGGAGGGGCUGGCCGGGUGACGGCCCUACUGGGCCGAGACAUGUGGAGCCCUGGCGGAAACCUGCUCCAGACGCUCCCCCGGCUCCUGCAGCACGCCUUCCUCCCGGGCCGCUCGGAGCUGUCGGCCCACUGGGCCCUGCAGCGGGCGGCGGCGGCGGGCGGGGACCAGCCCCAGCCCCAGGACCGCCUCCCCCGCGGGGGCGGGGCGAGCGCGGCUGCGGCUGCGGCGGCGGCCUCGGGCGCCCUGCUCGGCGCCUAUCUAGAGCGCCACAGUCCGCCCGAGGCCUCCGAGCUGUCGACGCCGGGCGGGGCCUUGGCGGGCGGCCCCGGGAGCGGCGGCGGCGUGGUGGUCGGCGUGGCCGAGGUGAGAAACUGGCGCUGCUGCUGCCUCGGCAGCACCUGUUGGUGCCGGAGCUUCGCGCUGGUGUGCGUGCUGGCCGCCCUGUGCUUCGCUUCCCUGGCCCUGGUCCGCCGUUACUUGCAGCACCUCCUGCUCUGGGUGGAAAGCCUCGACUCGCUGCUAGGGGUCCUACUCUUCGUCGUGGGCUUCAUCGUGGUCUCGUUCCCCUGCGGCUGGGGCUACAUCGUGCUCAACGUGGCCGCCGGCUACUUGUACGGCUUCGUACUGGGCAUGGGACUGAUGGUGGUGGGCAUCCUUAUAGGCACUUUCAUCGCCCAUCUGGUCUGCAAGCGGCUGCUCACUUCCUGGGUGGCCGCCAGGAUCCAGAGCAGCGAGAAGCUGAGCGCCGUUAUUCGCGUCGUGGAGGGAGGAAGCGGCCUAAAAGUGGUGGCGCUAGCCAGACUGACCCCCAUACCUUUUGGGCUCCAGAAUGCAGUGUUUUCGAUUACUGAUCUCUCAUUACCCAAUUAUCUGAUGGCAUCUUCAGUUGGACUGCUUCCUACCCAGCUUCUGAAUUCUUACUUGGGUACCACCUUAAGGACAAUGGAUGAUGUCAUUGCAGAACAGAGCGUUAGUGGAUAUUUUGUUUUUUGUUUACAGAUUAUUAUAAGUAUAGGUCUCAUGUUUUAUGUAGUUCAUCGAGCUCAAGUGGAGUUGAAUGCAGCUAUUGUUGCUUGCGAAGUGGAACUGAAAACCUCUCUGAUUAAAGGCAAUCAACCAAAUACCAGUGGCUCUUCAUUCUACAAGAGGAUCUUACCAUUUUCUGGAGGUGGAAUCAAUAUUGUAUGAUUCUAAUGGAAUGUAUGAUUGUCAAGACCCUAGUGUGCUGUCCAGAGCCUAGUUGUCCCACUAGUGGGCAGAGAUAAGUUUUAAUUGUAUUACAGCACAAACAAAACUGACUGGUUUUUAAAUUGCACAGUUUUUUAAAAAGAAGAAUCAUUUUCUGGAUAUGUAAGUGUAAACGUAGGAUGCAGUUUUGGCUGCACCUCUUUAUUAGUUAUCAUGCCUAUAAUGGCCUAUAGGUCUGCACUUUAGUAUUUUUUUAAUUGUUUUAUUUCUGAGUACUUAUGAACAGAGAAAUAUCCCAAAUAUUUUUCUGCUUAGUGUCUUUAUUUAUAAAGCCCGUAUGCAUCUUUUUCCUGAUAAAGAUGAGUAAAAGUAUGCAAAUUUAAGUGUAGAGUGUUACUGAAUGUUCUUUGCUUUGGCAGUCUUUCCAGAAAGGAUAAAUAGUGUUUUUUGUUCUGUUUUGUUAUUAUUGCUUUAAGUGGGACCACUUUGCUUCCCUUGUCCUUUAGAGUUAGAAAACAGGUAUUACCUUUUGGUUGAAUGUAUUUUUGCAGGUUGUCACAUUGUUGCAGGGCCAUUUAUACAUUUUCACACAAGCUUAAAUCCUACAUUGUGGGACUGAAGUGCUCUUAAGAAAACUUUUUAUUUUCACUGUGUAAUAUGCAAAGCAAGGGGAAAUUAUUUAAUGGGUGGUGGUUCAAAUUAGAACUCAUGUUCUAAUUUCAUUACGUUGGCUCUACCCCCCCUUCUGUCUUUCCGCAAAGGGCUGUCCCAUUGCAAUCUUACUAAAACAUUUUAUGAAAAUAAACCUUUUUCUUUUUAUAUCCAUAAUUAGGCUUUAAGAUAAAGAUGUUAUUCCUUUAAAAUGAUGGACUUACCAUCAUUGACGAUGUCACUCAGGUGGCCUUGUUUGAUCAAAAUGCCUUUUAACAAAACCAAGCUUUAAAAUCAUGCUUAUAAUUCCAUUAAAGUUCGUCAUAUAUAUUUGCCUCCAUAGUCCUCAGCUUUAAAAUUAUAAAUAUAUUAAUUACAUGCCCAAAUUUGUAGUAUUUCCCCUACUCUAGAGUAGAUUUAUUUUGUUUGUUUUUCAAUAUUUGUUUUUCUCUGAUAAGACUCAGGAAUUCUGAAAUGUGAAAUUAAGUGUCUCAGUUCUUCCUCUUGUAGCAUGAAUUGAGUGUAUUUAUUAAUAGCUCUUACAAGCAUAGAAUACAAUAAUUUGGCAUAUGGCUCAUAUGAAAAUGUAUUACUCAUUUAACACUUAUAUUAAAUAUUAAAAUAGUUUGUGAACUUAGUUUUUUUCUACAGAUGAAAUUAUAGAUAUUAAUGCAUGAUGCAAAUUUUCUGAUCCUUUUUUUUUUGCUUUAAAAGAUUCCAACUUAUCAGAGAUCUCAGUCUAUUUGCCUUUCCAUUAGAUAAAAGUUUUGCCCUAAUUUACUAAAAUACAAGAGUUCUUUGGAAGCAAAUUGUUCUAGUCUUAUGCUAGAGGUAUUUGAUCAUUUUAAUGUGUAAUUUCUUUACACUAUUGGAAGUAUAAUUGUUUUCCUUUCCUUUAUAAUGCAUCAGUUUCCUCACUUUUGAGUAACAGUAAAGUUUGUUUAUAUGCUCAUAGCAAGAAGACCUCCAUGCAAAAGGCUUUGAGAGGUACCUGGGUCUACAGCACAUAACUGGCCUCCAAAUCCUUCCUUAUUUUAUUGUUAGAAAACACAUAGUAUUGGAAUAUUCUUAUUCUUUUUGAAUCCUAAUUACUUGGGUUUUAAAAAAAAAAGACUGUAGUUUAAUAAUCCCAAUGAAUAAUACAUUUGAUAUUCUUUUCUGUAUAACUUGACAAUACUUUUCUUGUGCUUUUUGUUUGUUCGUUAGUUUUUGUUAAAGGAAUCAUUGCUUGUCUUCAUAUUUGUUGUACGCUUCUUGUAUUUUGAAGUGCAUUUAUUUACUUAGUAUUUUGUAACUUGGAUAAUUUCACCAAAUGAAUACUUUUGGUAAUUCGUAAUGAGUUCUUCCAAAUGUUACAUUUUGCUUGGUACUUGUAAUAAAUAUAUAAAGGUCAAAGAGAAAUAAUUUUUCUGUAUUCUGCCAAUCAUAAUUUUAUAUAAUAAAAUCAUCCAUUUUUCUUAAAGAAAAAUAGUAUGGAUUGACUGUUUCUAAAAUACUUUAUCUAUAACUGCAGUUUUCCUUUUCUUCAACAUUUGCAGCCUCCGAGUAAACCACAGUCAUUAUAGUUGAGUUUGAUAGCUCAAUUUGAUUGCUGGGCUUUUAGGGCGUGCUUACUAUAAAUUGUGCAAAGCAUUGCCAUGCCUUAUUCACAUCAUCUUUAGUCCUGCAUCACAUAUUAUGGCAGCUGCAGAUCUCUACAGUCCUCCCCAUGUUGCCAAGUACUGCCUCGAUCCUUAUAGGGUAUAUUGAUAAUGUAAGAUGUUCUGGAAUUACCAAAUAGUUUAAGUUCAGUAUAAGGUUGCUUUAUGCACAUUUAAAAUAGCAUACAGUACACCUAAUCUCCAAAUAUGAAGAAAGAUAUGUUCUACCUUUAAUUCCUCAGGACUUUCCCAAAGUUUUUCACGUUUUCAGGUUUAUUGUUAAUAAUUUGUUACUCUUUGCCAAACUUUGUAAUGUAAAUUACCGCACAUC